AUGAACAAACCUUCAGGAUUCUCUUUGACACCUUCUAACAGUACAACCCCCGGGUUUUCGUUUGGAAAGUCUGGUACUACAACCAAUACGAGUGCUAACAGUGGAGGGUUAUUUGAUAGUAAGCCUGCGAGUGGGGGUCUUUUUGGAAGUAAUACGACAUCGAGCGGAUUCAAUUUUGGCCAUGGAAAUGUUGGUGACGCUGUGAACACUGGUAACAUUGGUAACAUUGGUAACACUGGUAAUGUUGGUAACGCUGGUAACGCGGGUAACAGUGGAAACAUGCUGAAUCAGAUACCUCAACUUACUCCAAUGACCAAGGUGAGCGACCUCCCUGAGCAGUUUCAAAGACAGCUUGAAGUGCUGGACGGAUACAUACAAACACAGGUGUCGAUAUCUGAAUAUCUCAAGAAUAACGAGUCGGAACAUAGAGAAUUAAUCGAUAGUAUACCGCGUGAUAUCGAAUUCUUGGAAAAGAAAUACGUGAGUACUAACCAAGCGUUGAACAGUGAUCUCAAGUUCAUCGAAGGAUUCAAAACCAAAACUUUGGAGAGCUUCAACGAUUGGGUGGAGAGGUUGAUUAAGGUAUAUUUACAGUUGACGAAUCCGAUGAGCAGCAGUACUAGCGACCAGAAUCAGACUUCCAACUCUGCACGGAUUGUUAUUGGAGUAAAUGGAACAAGGAGUGCUGCUUCUCCAAGCGUUCAGAAGCAGAAGCAGAAAAAUGCACCUUCCUCUGAUAAGAACUCGCCCCUAAACGUGACUCAGAUCUUAAAUUCCUAUUACGCCACAAAGAUUGAUGACUUUAACGAAAACAUACACAAAUACCAAUUGGUUCUACAGGAUGUUGAGAGUUCCAUCAAUAAUUUGGAUAGAGCAUCGCUGAAUGGGGGUCCUAUGACCAUGGGAGGAAACUAUGGAUUGGAAAUGGUAAUCAGUACGUUAAGAGAGGAGUUUAUGUUGUAUGUAGAGUUGGCCAAUGAAUUUGCCGAGACUCAUCAUCGUGUCAACAGAUUUGUUGGAGGUUCCGAGGCCUUUUAA